UUUUUUUACUUGAGCGUGCCGGGACCAUGGUUUGUUGGAUCAUGCUGAACGUGUAAACCGUACAAGUUUUUCCAUGGGUUUUCUAUUCGUGAAAAUUGAAAUCCAGAAAUUACUUCAAGCUAAAGUGUUUUAUGGUGGGAAAAGUAAUUAUUACUUUAGCAUAUAUUUAUUUUCAAAUCAGUAUGACUGAACAGACUCAACAGUCCGAAACCGCACAAUCGGAUUCGUGCAACACAAGUGUUGCAGGCACGUCAAAACUAAGAGACAGUAAAAAAGAGAAAUGUCGGCCCAUGACGAAGGUAAUAAUACGUCGUCUGCCACCAUCGAUGACUCAAGAGCAAUUUAUGGAACAGAUUUCUCCACUACCGGACUAUGACCAUUUGUACUUGGUUAAAGCGGACAUGUCUCUAGGGCAAAAUGGAUUUUCGCGGGCUUAUAUAAAUUUCGUUAAUCAACAGGAUAUAUUUAUAUUCCGCGAGAAGUUCGACAACUACGUAUUUGUUGAUGCCAAAGGUACCGAAUACCCUGCAGUUGUAGAAUUUGCCCCGUUCCAAAGGCUGCCAAAGAAAAGAAUGGGCAAAAAAAAGGAUCUUAAAUGUGGCACUAUAGAGACUGAUCUGUACUAUAUUAGUUUCGUGGAGAGUCUAAAAACUCAGGAGAAUGAAACUGGAAAUAAUCAACCCAAAACGGAAUAUUCAUAUCAACCUACUGAUGACACCCCUAAGAAAAUAUCAACUCCAUUAUUAGACUAUUUAAAGCAACGGAAGCAUGAGAAACAACGACUUAGAGAAGAAAAACGCGAAGAAAGGCGGCGUCGAGAUUUUGAUAGGCGACGCGCAAAUGAGCUUAACGUACCUAAGGUUUUGAAAAAUACAGAAUUUGCAAAAGAAGCAAGUAAAGACAAAAAAUAUGAUAAAGAAAAGAACGUGCUGAAAGAUCUGAAGCUCCGCAAUAAAAAGGAGGACAAGUUUCGUGACAAGCCGUCGAAGGAACGCGAUGGGAAAUUAUCUACAAAAUCUUACAGGGACAGAGAAGAGAAAACUAAAGAUAGAGAUAUAAAGCACCAUAAUAAAAACGAGGAUAAAAAGUUUUAUGCAAAGAAGGAUGAGAGAGAAAGCUUUAAAGAUAGAAUGGAGGAAAGGCGAAGUGACUCUCGAGAGGAGAGGAAAUUCGAAACUAAGGAAGACCAGAAUGAAUUCAUGGAUCGGAAGUUGGUGGAGAAACGUGGAAAAAGUUAUGAGAAAAUGAGACAAGAAAAGAAAAGACUCUCGGAAACGAAGAGACAAAGUAUUGCUGGACAUGUUGCAGAUUGCAUCUCGGAAAAAACAAAAAAGGAAGACUCUUCCAAACAGCAUAAGAUGUCUGAUGAAAAUGAAAUGAAUGAUGUGCAGAAAGAUAAGGAACAUAAUGGUGUAAGAUGCACUGUUGACAAAAAUUACGAUUAUGUUAAAAUUUCCAUGAAGAAAGAAAAGGAAGAAGAGAAACUUAAAACUAUCCCAGAUGAAGUUAUCAUUCCUCAAAAAUUUGACACAGUGUACGAAUUGCCAAAAGAGAACAGCUUAACGGGUGGCGCAAAAUCUAAAUCCAGUGAAUAUCUAAACAAGGAAUUUGAUUACUGCGAAAUAAAAAAGUUAAAGAAACAGGCGAAGGUCGUAAAAAGAAGAAAUUCUCUUGAAAGUGGUGGAGAAAGUGGAGGAGGAGAUGGCGCUUGUUUGAGAAGACACAAAUCUUUAGAUGGCGCAGACCAUAGUAAUUUACAGAAGCACGAGAAAGAUGAAAAAGAUAAAGAUAAGAAGGAUCCUAGAUUGGAACGACGAAUUAAGAAUAAGGAUCGUCCUGCGAUGGAGAUUUAUAGGCCUGGAAUGGGGAAGUUUAGUAAACAACGGUUCGAACGAGAGAAGUCUAACAAUGAUGAUCGAGCCUCCUCAUUUGAAAAUCCUACGCCUAUUUCGGGAGUACCAAUUGCUUCUAAAUCUAAUAAAUCAGGAACGGAAGGUCGCUGUACGUCUUUUAAAAGAAGCAUUAGUCGGGAGAACCCAUAGUCAACCUACUUUCAUUUUUUAUUUUUGUCACGGGAAUGUAAUUUUCAGCCAGAAAGAAAUAUAAGAUAUUGUCUCAAAGCAGAAAAAAUAUAUGGAACUGAUCAAGACGUGAUUAAACCAGGAAAAAUGGUGCAACUUUUUCAGUGGCUGUAAAUUAUUAUUUGGUUUAUUCGCCGCAUUAGUUAGAAAUACUGCGAAGCUGCAAAAAUUAAGGAGCAGUAUGGAACAAAGGCGCUGAAACGGUACUCUGAGAACCGCAAUUAGAUCCAAACUGAAGAGAACGAUAUCAAGGUUUAUGAAUUAAUGUUUCUGUUUGCUAAAUUUUUUAGAAGAAAAUUAAAGACACAGUAGUAACAAGUCGAUUUGUGCAAACAAUUAUUCAUUAACAAAAAGGCUCAAACAUAUUGUGAAUCCAAAAAUCAGUUAUAAAUUGGGAAAGAAACAACCAAGCCAUCCUCACUCUCAUUUCCAUUUUCUUCCACCGUCUUUUUUAUACUACUUUGGGAACAAUAUGUUUCGAGACCAGUUUAGAUAUCAUCAGAGCAUUCUUUAUAGGAUACUACAAGUAAAUGUUUCUAUCAUAUGCUUAUUAUUAAUCAUCUAUGUAAAUAUGAGCUUGAAUUUUCUUAUCAUUAUGGCAUUUACAUUUUUAAAAAUAUUUAAUGUACAAUUUCUUGUUAUAAGUGUCAAUCCGUAAUACUUUGGAAACUUUUUAUGUAUUUUUAUAAUUGUUUAAAGUGAAAGAGAUUAGAAUUUUCAAAUGUAUUUAUACCCUAUAAAAAUUUCAUAAAAUUGACAAAAGCAUGUCGAAAUUUAUUGCAUGUCAAACGAUCCCAUUUUAAAUCAAUUGCAUUAUAUUCCUUUCUCUUAAUGUAUAAUAUUUCUAUAAAUUUUCUCCUUCUUUGGUUCCUUUCAGUAUAUAAGAUUUUUAUAUUGUCCCAAUCGAACUCAUGGCCAUGUGUGAUUCUAUGUUUUGACAUAACGCUAUGUUAUUCCUAAUUUCUUUAAAAAUUAAUUUGCCAACUCCUACACAGAAAAAAGUUCAUUAAUCUUUCCUGAAUUAUUUCUAUAGUCAGGGAUAAGAGCUAAUCUUGAACAAAUGUCAGAGAUUUUGUAUAACUCUUAGGAUUUAAUUUAAAACAAAUGUGGAAUAACUCUACAAGAGUUCUCUCAACUUCAUAUUGAACUCCGGUUUAAAAAUGUAAAUAAAAUAUACGAAAAAAUUCAUAAAAAAACGUUGAAAACCUUCGUAGAAAUCACAUUUGGGGUAUUGAGAAUUUGUGAUCACGUAAGUAUAAGGUCUAGAUACCUCAAUUCUGUUAAAUUUAUAGCAAAAGUCUUGAAAACAUUAUGAAAAAUCUCAUAAAAAUUCAAUUCGAGGUAUCGAAUGUUUGUGAAGUAUUUCAAUAUAAGAUCUAUAGACUUGAGUUCUAUAAAAUGUAGCUAGAACUCCCUACUGCUCGAAGGUAGCGAAAUUCCCCGCGUCCCUCACCCCGGCCAAAGCAUUUGUUUAAUGUUUUACGGGUUUAAAGUAGAAGUUUAUUAGUGAGGAAUAUUAAUAAUAAUAUUAAAUCGAAUUAAAGAAGGAGGACGAGUAAGUAUCGGAAAAAUUAUUGCAUUCAUAAACUUGUUGUUAAAAAGCUUCACGAUUGCUUCUUUAUAAAACACCUUCACGCGUACAAAGUAUUCAGGCGGACCGAAUCCAUUUCAAAUCAGACAGAGACUUGAAAUCGCAGAAUCUCUCGAAAGCGAAAUAUGUUGCUAUUAAGAGGAAAUAAGGCGAUACGUAUUUUUCUGAUUUGCAAACAGAAUUUUUUCUAAAAAGUUAUGCGUAUUUGUAUUUUGUGCAUUGUUUUUCAAAAAAACAGAAUGUUUUUCUUUAUACUCUGUAACUUUCGGCCUAACUGAGAUAUUAAUUAUUUUCUUUUUGAUUCUAAUAUCGCUUAAAGUUUUGUUUCAAAAUCCACCGGAAAAUUGAGAAAAGGUUCAAAAUCAACAAAAUGGUAGUGGAUAUUCUGAAAAAAUUAAAAAUCGAUUUUCUCAAAAAACCCACCUUUAAAUUUUCUGUCAAUAUUUUUUUGAUUUUGUGCUUUUAUAACGAAGAUAUCUUAUAAGUUUGAUGCUUGCCCAAUAACUUUUGUAGCUGUGAGAAUUCUUUUUUGUUACAAUCGAAUUUUCUACUUUUUCUUGGAAACAAUGAUAGAUACGAAAAAA